UUUACUAAUUUUUUUUUCAAAAUAAUCAACUUGUUGACUCAAAAACUGUAGUAAUACAUUUAUGUGGUGAGAAAUAAAUACUGGACGAAAUGAAUACCACUUCAAGUAAUUCGGUUACGAUAGGUACACAUGGUGGCAUAGGCGAGUGGGAUCGUCAAUGCUUCACGGUAUCAAGUAUCAACUUCAAUUUGAGUUCGAAAUACAGCCUAAAUUAAAUUAUUACUUUAAUAUUGACAGUAACUAGAAUUGGAGGAACUAAAAAAACCGCUUUGGUAAUGUUAUCGAAACGGAUGAAGUGUUAAUUCGAUAGCGGACUUGGCCUCUGCAUCGGAAAACGGAUUCAAAAUUAUUUAUAUGAAAUCUCUGCUCGAGUGUUGUGAUUUGCUAUUUAAAUUUUUCCUUUUAAUUAUUAUAUACAUUCCAUUAACUACACGUGAUAUAAUUCAACUUAUUUGAAUGAUGAUUCUACGUUCCCAGAGAUUCGAGUACAGUAUAAAAACGAAAAUAAGCAAUCUUGAAUUGAUGCAUAGCAUUGGAGUUUUGAGUUUAGUUUGAAUUUUGAUUCUUUGACUCUGACGUUCGCUGUACCCUGGCGACAUGGGCGCUGGCGAACAUUUUGGCGCCGUUGAUUAUGGCAUGCUGGCAGUCACGAUGCUGGCUUCUGUGGCCAUCGGAGUUUAUCACGGCAUCAAAGGCAACAAAACAGCUGUUGAUUUCUCCAUGGGGAGCCGCUCCAUGACGCCAUUCCCGGUGUCCCUGUCUCUACUUGCAACGUUCCUCUCAGCUAAUUCAAUUCUCGGUUACUCAGGAGAAGUGUACGCCCAUGGCAGCGUGCUCGCUUGGUCGAUACUUGGCACGGCUUUGGCCAUCGUCUUCGCUGGAGAGGUCGUUUUGCCGGUCCUGCAUCCGCUGAAAUUCGUCAGCCCGAAUCAGUACCUGGAGGUGCGGUUUGGCUCGGCAUGGCUACGGCGGUUGUCUAUGACCAUGUCUCUGGUGAGCAUCACGGUGUUCAUGGGCCUCGCUCUGUACGCCCCCACGCUGGCCCUAGCAGCUGUCACUCCCCUCUCGUCCACCACCUUCAUCUGGAUAAUGGGAGUUGUGGUCACCCUCUACUCCUCAUUCGGCGGCCUAAAGGCAGUAGUAUGGGCGGACGCAUUCCAAAUGUUGCUAAUGACUGCAGGAGUGUUGCUGGUGACGGUCAUGUCUUGCGUCGAGGUGGGCGGUGUCCAAAAAGUCUGGCAAGUUGCCUACCAAGGAGGAAGAACUGAAGGACUCGACAUAAGCGCAGACCCAAGGGUUCGCCACACAGUCUGGAACGUAAUCCUGAUGACGCUGGUGAACUGGGGCAGUCACUACAGUGUCUCGCAAGCCAACUACCAGCGCGUCAGCUCGGUGGCCACACUGUCACAGGCCAAGAGAGUGUUGUACUAUAAUGUGGUUGGCAUGACUCUCUUCAUGCUGCUGGUGUUCUUCAUGGGCCUCGGCGUCUACGCGGUCUACGCAGAUUGCGAUCCUUUUGCUCGGGGCUUCAUCUUCAGCAAGGAUCAAAUAUCAGUUUAUUUUGUGAACGACAAAUUGAAGAACCUUACUGGAGUUCCGGGCGUCUUUGUGGCUGCUCUUCUCAGCGCUGCUCUGAGCUCACUGUCAUCGGGAGUAAAUACCCUGGCGACUUUGCUGUGGGGUGACGUGUUUUCACACACUCCGUGCUUCAGGGGCUGCUCUGACUUUGUGGCGGCCACUGCAAACAAAGUUCUUACGGUGUUGUUGGGAGCCACUAUCAUCGGCUUGGCUUUUCUGGCCUCGAAGCUGGGUGGGCUGAUCCAGGCAGGUUACACGGUGGUGGGGGUGAUGUCUGGUCCCAUCCUGGGCGUCUACUUGCUUGGCUUGAUGGUGCCUUUCUGCAACAAGCGGGGUGCCUUUGCUGGUCUCUUGUCCAGCUAUAUUCUGUGCGUCUGGAUCGCAGUGGGAGGCUUCCUGACUAACACUACCAAGCCGCCGAUGUUGCCAUUCUCCACAGCGGGCUGUCCCGCUAACUCGACCGUCACCACCUUCAUAUCCCUCGCUGAUGCCAACAAAACUAUCAUAAAUACGCCAGGGUCAACGUUUUCGAUUCUAUAUUCGAUAUCCUACACCUUCUAUCCCUUCAUCGGCCUGGCGACUUGCCUGAUCGUGGGUAUUCUCGUCUCUAUCAUUGCAAGUUACCAAGACCCCCGGACGGUUCCUAGCGAGCUCGUACUCUUCUGCGUGCGACGUUUCACGAAGAAAGAAAGCGAUGUCGACAACGGUGUUUCUUGCAUACGAAUUGAGUCCCUCAAAAAUAAUAUAAAUUAUAGCAAAGAAGAUGGCAUGGCUACAACAAGAAAUAAUGAUAAAUUAGAUAUUAUUUCUGAUCGACUUUGAAAAUAAGUAGGUAUGCCUAUUUUCAUAAUACGCUAAAAUGCCUUGGCACCUUCUCAAUGCACUGCCAGUUUAUAAUGUCCCAAUAAGGAUUAAAUGUACUUCAAAGCAUUUUUAUAGAACUACCAGAAUCUUAGAUUCGAUUUCACGGAUGAUUCUUGUUCAUAUUGUACUGCUGAUUACUUAAGUGUUUUAUUUAUGUAUGAAACUCAGUUUAUUCGUAUUAUUUAUUACUUUUGUGUGCAUUGAAUUUCCCGAUAAAUUUUUUCGCUAUGUUGAGCUCGAAUUUCCAAGAAAUGUUCACAGCUUAUCAGCAAUUUUUUUGCUCAUGUGAAGAAUUUACCAAAUGGCUUUCGCUACCAAGAGUUGCGUGUUGAAAAUAAAUAUCUCUCCUUUA